UUUGACCGGGAAAUUACAUAUAUUCGAUCACAUCUCUUUUGUACCACACGAACCCAGAAAUAUUGAUAAAUAAAAAGUCAAAAUAAAAUAAAACAACCGGCAAAUGGAAUGGGAGGCAAACGGCAAGACAGAAACGGUGGCGGUGGUGGUAGGCUUAAUAGAGAAGGCAACAAACUCAACUAAACCCGACUUGGAUCCGCGAGUCCUUAAAUCAAUCAAAUCUGUUGUCCGUCACUCUGAUUCGGAGCUCCGGAUUGCCGUCGAAAACCUAAUGAGUCUCAUGAAACGAGAUCACUCUCAGGUUCGGUAUCUCACAUUAGCCAUAAUUGAUGAACUUUUUAUGCGGUCGAAGCUUUUUAGAACGCUCGUAGUUGAGAAUUUGGACCAAUUGCUGACUUUGAGUGUCGGGUUUAGAAGAAACCAACCGCUCCCUGCUCCUCCAGCCAUUGCAUCCAAAUUGCGUUCUAAAGCGAUAGAAAUUUUAGAGAGGUGGAACACUACGUUUGGAAUACAUUAUAGGCAGCUGAGACUUGGGUAUGAUUACCUGAAAAAUAGCCUUAGAUAUCAGUUCCCAAAUCUUCAGGCAAAUGCAGCAAGAGUUCAGCAAGAAAGAAGAGAAAGAGAGUUACGCACUAAAGAGAUACUGCAAAAGAAGUAUGAUUUGUUACAGUCAAACUUCUCUUCGAUUAAAGAGGAAGUGAAGUCGAUAGUUGAUGAAGUGAACGAAUGCUUAGAAAUUCUUAUAAGUUCUAAAGAAGAGAACUUGCCACUUGAUCCUGUUGAUGAACAAGAUUUUCAGGAAUUUCGCAGCAUUGAGUUGCGUCAGAUUCGUGAGAAAUCGAUGAAAGAAGCGGACAAGUUACAUGAAAACAGUGAAAAUAAAGUUGUUUUCGAUGCUUUAAGAGAACUUUACAAGCUUUUAGUGACUAAACAUCUGUCUGCAGUGCAAGAAUCUAUUUCUGUUCUCGUAAGGGUGGAGCUGUCUGAUAACAGACUUAGAGACUCCAUGUUAAAGGAAUUUAUUGACAUUCGAAAUAAUCUCAAGACGAUAAAAAACAAGUGUGAAGAAGCUGGCUGCGUUCUUUCAACCCCUGCAGAUGAAGGGGAAGAAGAUUUUUGGGAAGAGGGCCCAAGUGAAUCAUUUAAUGUUUCAAAAUCUGUUGUACCUGUCAAGCAAAGUGAAGAUCACACAAAUAAGAAAAAUGACGCUCCAGAAUGCAGUAAUAGUAAAGAAACAAAUUUUAUCAUGAAGUUGAAUGAUGAUUUGGACCCUUUAAAGCGUAAGCUCAUGACUGAAGCUCCAGUGAUGAAGUGGGGCUCGUUUUUGGACAAUUGGGGUUCGGACCGUGAUUAUAUGGCUAACCAGAGAGGGAUAGAACUUGAAGGUCACUGGGGUAGGGUUGACAAUGAUGCAGUCAUUCCAGCUAAGAAAAUUGCCGAAUUAAAUGUUCAGGCAACCAUAUAUGAUGAAGAGCAAAAAGAAAUUCAGCAAUGUCGUGCACCCUUAAAAAAAGGCGGGCUUUGUCAGAGACAGGAUUUGAAGGUGUGCCCUUUUCAUGGUCCCAUUGUUGCACGGGAUGAUGAAGGGAGACCUUUAAACAAAAACGAUAGCACUACAGAGGAUGAACAGCAGGAUAUGAAUAAUAUUUCUACAGAAGAGUUACUUAAACAGGCUGUAAACAAUGUUAGAGAGAGAGAUAAAGAGGCUAUGAAGAAAAGAGAAUAUGAUAAAAAGGAACUGAAACGGGCUAAGCUUGCAAAAGUCCGUGGGCACAAUGAAGCUGUGUUACGGGAUGCAAUGAUUGCUUCAACUUCAGUAAGUUCUUCCAUCGGAGAAACCUUAAGCAGAGAGAAGGAUAGCCUUGCAAAGAUGCUGAAAAAGAAAGCAACUGCAAAGGAUAGAUUAGGUAAAAGGCUACUGAGUAGGAAGGCUAUGGCAAAACAGGUAAAUCUUGGAGAGGAUCAUUCGAAGUAUCGAGAAGCCUUUCCUAAUCAAUGGUAGAGUUGAUACUUCUAAAAUCGUAUGUUUUUGUAGUAGUGUUUACUGUUUAGUUAAGAUGUACAAUAUGAUGUAUAUAAAUGGGUAUAGAGAAUAAAAUAUUUCAUAUUUUUUUGUC